AUGGCUGACCCUGGCCCCGGCCACUUCACGGCUCCUGGCAGCGCUGUGUUCGUUACCAAUGCUAUCGAGAAUGCUUCGAACCCCUCGGAUUACGGAUUCCAUCACGGACCGAUCUCUACCACUGUCCCGAUCCCUGACGACGAGGACGAUAUCAACACUGUUGCCGAAACUGGCUGGGACGCGGACCAGAUGGUGUUGAGUCGCUUUCACAGCGGCAUCUGUUGGAUCGAAGUUAACCCGGGCGAGAUGUGUGGGAUGGUCUUUGAUCGCGCUCCGUCGCUGUACAGACACAUCAGAGAAGGGCAUCAUGUUGAUCUUCGUACUCAGACGACCGGCAACAUCCGCCUCGCCGAGAGGGUCGCUGGCCAGAACGCGCUCCGCCUUUAUAUUCGCGAUCAGCACUGGCGUUUUGCGCACUUUGUGCACGAGCACGAUGACGAUCUAGCGGUCAAUCGCCGAUAUAUCGGCUUUCUGGGACUUUUUCUUGACUUGUCUUUUGCUGAACGCCGACUCCGCUCGGGUGACGUACUAUUCGUCAACUUCACACCCGACGAUGCAUACACUGUGGAUGGCUGA